AUGUCAGAACUCCGCCAGCGACCAACAGCCACAUCAAAGUCCAGCAAUGGGCCCGACAAAGAGUCAAGGUCAAGACAGCACUCAAGCAAUGAAACCGAUCAAGACCACGGCAUAAGCCUACUGGACAUAAUCCGCGUCAUUGUGACCCUAAUCAUCGCUUGUUGCGGUCUCUCCUAUUAUAUGACUUCCUCCGAGUCCGUGCUGUGGGGUUACAGACCAUGGUAUACACGGUGGCCGGUGGUGAAGCAGUGGGUGCAAGGCCCUGUUACCCUGACACCAAGUCAAUUAUCCCUUUACAACGGCACAGACGCCACUUUACCCCUCUACGUCGCAGUGAAUGGGACCAUCUUCGAUGUCUCAGCAAACCGAAUGAUCUACGGACCGGGCGGGAGUUACAACUUCUUCGCGGGGCGGGACGCAACACGCGCUUUUGUCACGGGCUGCUUUAAGGAGGAUCUUACGUCUGACAUGCGCGGUGUUGAGAUUAUGUUCAUGCCAGUUGAGGAUGUCGAGAAUGAGUCUAUCACAUCUGCGCAGAAGAAAAUCCGUCGCGAGAAGGAGUUACGGGCUGCUAAAGCGCGGGUUGAGGGGGCUGUGAAGAGGUGGACUGAAUUCUUUUCGAAUCAUAAGAAGUAUUUUGAGGCGGGGAGGGUGGUUGAGGAUGGAGGUGUUGUUGGAGAGCCGUGGCCGCUGUGUGAGGGUGCGCAGAAGCAGCGACCGAAGAGGAGUGCAAUGUUGGAAAAGUCGUAG